GUCUUCCUUUUUUGUUCUCAUACUACUCUCAUUCUAUAGCAAUAGUAAUAAUAAUAACAAUUCACAUACCCACACAUAUCUAUCACAUCUGUACAUAGUAAACAUUUGUAUCGCAUUUAAUUCAUGGAGCCCAUUGAUACCAGUCCAAUAGACUCGCCAAGACCACAGAGCAAAAGAUGGGUUAAACGACCUACGUCUACAAAACCACGCAAGGUUGACCUUGAACUCCAGCGUAUCAAAAGCCUGGCGGUUGUCUCGGUGCUCAACAAAGCCUUUCAUCAAGAGGGCCAAGAAAGCCCAUCUCCACCGCCAAUAGCCCGUCAACAAUCAUCCUCUAGUAUUGAUAAGAUGGAGUUCAGGAUGUUACGGAGCCAAAGCAGUACUACCAGCCUACGUCUCGAAGAUCCUCCACGUUCCAGGCCACGUUCACAGACCUUGAAUUUCACAAGAAAACUAAAGCAGGAAGAGCUGGAUAGGAUAGAAGCCGACCUCCUUGAGAUGUUUGCGAUUGUAUUACGGGAAGCCGAGGCUCAUGCGAUGUGCAAGUCAAGCAAUAAAAAGGACCAACCACCACCAUCAUCACCAUCACCAUCAUCACCAUUAUCAUCAAUAUCAACAAUAUCAACAGCAGAGAACGAGCUAGCGGAGCGGUAUCGAGUUUUGGAAAAUCUCUAUUCAGCAUCAACCGAACGCCUGGAGAUCGCAAGCAAACAACAGGCUUCCCAGGAAAGACAACAGGUGCAACGUGAUCAAACCACCCAAAGGACACUGACCGCAUGUCUUGAACAGAAGGAGUUAGAAUCAGUAAAGGUGCGAACCCUGUCGGAGCUUGUGUUGAAGCAGGAACAGCUCAUCCGACAACUCGAGUCUAAUCUUGACACUAUGCGACUCGAGAAUGCCCAGCUCCAGCUUGUUGCAGGUGAAGAUGGCCUCCGACGUCUAGAAGAAGCUCGUGCGUCGAUGGCAGAAUUGGCUCUGGGUGUUGAUGGCCUUUCAUUGGCUACCCAGGACCACACAGACCAGUUGGCCAAUCUACAGGCCGCUCUUGGCACGAGCCAAGAGAGAACUGAAUGUGAUCUAAAGCGCUCCGAGAUCUUGAGCCAAGAGUGUGGUGCCCAGCGGCACGAUCUUGACGACAAACUCAUCUCUCUGAUGCGACAGCUUGCUGACCGGGACCAGCUUAUCAAGAAUUACCAGACCCGGGCUUUCAUAGAGAAUAGCAAUAGCUGGCCACCCCGCCGCAACAGUGCACCUCACUUUGUGCGAGCUCAGAAACGAGAACAAGAUCGUCGAAUUUCUCUGGUCCCAACCGAAAAGGAAGAUCUCGAAGACGACGAUGGUUGCACAAUACAGACCGAGCAAUCUUCGUAUUCAUCAAUCAGUCUUUCGGGCUCGGGCAUCCCUCGUCCCCCUGAUGGCCCGAUUCAGCAGGGCAGACGACGCAGCAGUGCCCAGGAUAACAACAGGCGGUCGUAUAUCGCACGAUGGGCCGGAGGUGGCAGUGUCAAUGGCUCGAUGAUACCCCCUCCAGCACCUCCACCGACUGACCCUCUUCCGCCAAUUCCCGCCGAGACUAUUACGGUCAGCCGUUCGGUGCUCCCACGUCCAGUAUCAGUUGAUAAUUAUGCCCGCGAUGAGCCUAUAGACACCUAUCGAGAGUUUACAGAACAGCUUCAGGCACGGUUCGGUAUCUCAAAGGAAAUUGACGAAUUGCGGGUCUGGCAGUCCAGUGACCUCGAGGCCCUCCAGAAGCAGGUCUCGUCCAGGUGGAAGGACGAUCCAGAAAGCAGAAUUAAUGAUCCACGAAGACACAGCACGAUGACUAUUAGCAGCAAAGAGAGUCCUGCCUUCUGGAGGGGUAUGAAGAAGAAGUUGGGUGUAUAAUUAUUAUUAUAUAUAUAUUUCUUCUUCGUCGUCUUUAUAUCCUUGUUGUAUUCUGCUGCAGGCCAGCUUCUUUUCCUCCUCUUCCCCACUUCCUUAAACCUUUUAUAUACCUUUCAGAAUCCGUGUCCUUUG